AUGGCCGCAGGCGCUGUCGCUGCUUCGCGCGAUGGGUGGAGCGAGGCUGGAGCCAACCGCCAUCAAAGCUACAAUGCUGGGAUCAGCGCGUGCGAGAAAGGCAGCCAGUGGCAGCAUGCCUUGGGAUUGCUCAGGGAGUUGUGGUACAGACAAUUGGAACCCGAUGUGAUCAGCUACAGUGCAGGCAUCGGCGCGUGCGGCAGAUGUGGGCAAUGGCAGCACGCAGUGUUGUUGUUGAGUGAGUUGGCGGAGGCGGAAGUGGAGCCAAACAGCAUCAGCUAUAGUUCUGUUGUCAGCGCUUGUGUGAAAGGUGGGCAUUGGGACCGAGCACUAUGGGUGUUGAGGGAGUCGAUGCAUGCGAAGGUCAAACUAGAUCUCGUCAGCUAUAUUUCUGGAAUUAGCGCGUGCGAGGACGGCGGACAGUGGCAAGAGGCGCUGUCGCUUUUGAGGAGGAUGCUGGCAGCAAGUGUGGAGCCAGAAAUUCACAGUCACAGUACCGCAAUGAGCGCGUGCGAGAAAGGAGGGCAGUUGCAGCGGGUACUCUUGAUGCUGAGUGAGUUGAGGGACGCAGAAUUGGAGCCAGACAUCGUCUACAGUGUUGGAUUGAGCGCGUGCAAGAAGGGCUACUGGUGGCAAGAGGCGCUGUCGCUGAUUCAGGGCAUGAGUGAUGCGUCAUUAGAACCAGACGUCAUAAGCUACAGUGCGGGAGUCGAUGCGUGCGUACGAGGCGAACACUUGGAACAGGCAUUGUCUCUGCUCGGUGAUAUGAGAUACGCUGGGAUGGAUCCGAGCGUCAGUAGCUACCGUGUUGGAGUCACCGGGUGUGAGAAAGCUGGACAAGGGCAACACGUGCUUUCACUGCUUGGGGAGGUGUGA